ACUUUUCAUUCUUAUAUCAGGGUGUUUGAUGAGUUGUACAGUAGUUCUGUGUGUGUGACUCCAACCCCGACUCCUCGGCCCUGGCACUAGCAAGAAGGCCCCUUCUCGGGAGUGGACCAUGAGCUAGCGGCGAUCGAGCGGGAGCUGCAUGCGCUUGCAGCCCGCUUGCGCCGCCUUUAAGUCUUCACAUCUAUAAAAACAUCAUCAUCAUCAUCACCAUCACAUCAUCAUUAGCAUAAGACGUCAUCUACAUUAUAAAUCUAGAAAAUAUUCCUUACAAGAGGGCGGAAGAGUAGCAGGUGGCAUGAGUGGCAGCGGCGAGCGCAGGGUAUCGGUGGCUCCUGGCGAGGAGCCUCUCCCAGAGGUGGACUUGGACGAACUGGCCAGCCAUAGGACUGAUGACCCACAUGUGGGCAGACACAAAACUGACAAACCUUCGUCAGUUCAUUUGGGCCGUAAGGAAGCAGGCGACAAACUACAGAACGUUCUCCCUGAGGGCACAUACAAGAAGAUGUAUGACCAUAGCCCACAUGCGGUCUUCGUCCAACUGGACGAGCUUCUCUGCAACCCCGAGGGAGAAUCCGAAUGGCAGGAGCGAGCCAGGUGGAUCAAGUACGAGGAAGACCGUGAGGAGGGCUCAGACCGGUGGGGGAAACCUCACGUGGCAUCACUCUCCUUCCACUCGCUCCUGAACUUGCGACGGUGCCUGGAAACUGGAGUGGUCCUCUUGGAUCUGGAUGAGAAAGAUCUACCUGGUGUUGCGUAUAGAGUGGUCGAGAACAUGGUGGAGUCCCAGCUGAUCGAGGAAGACGACAAGCCAGUCGUGAUGCGGUCGCUUCUUCUCCGCCAUCGCCAUGUCCACGAGGACAAGGGCUUCAGAUUCUCCAUCGGCGGCCGCAAGCACGCGUCGUACACCAGCCUCCAGAAUCUAUCGGACCAGCGCCGUCGGCGCAGCUCCCAUGCGCUGCCUAUGGACCGUUCUGAACGCAAAAAAUCCUCUUCGGCGGCCAUCGAUAUGAAAGAAGUGGAGUACCUUGCUUCUACCAUCGUCGAUGGCUCUCAAGACGAGCUGCGAAAAGGACACAAUGAAUCCAUCAUGAAGCGCAUUCCAGAAGACGCCGAAGCUACUACCGUCCUAGUAGGAGCUGUUGGCUUCCUUGAACAGCCUACCAUUGCCUUUGUGAGGCUCGCCCAUGGCAUCCAGAUGUCGUCCAUCACUGAAGUACCCAUCCCCGUCCGAUUCAUGUUCAUCCUCCUUGGACCUAGCGACGCUGACUUAGACUACCAUGAGGUUGGUCGCUCCAUCUCAACCCUGAUGUCUAACCCAGCGUUCCACUCCAUCGCCUACAAAGCAGACGACCGGCGUGAACUGUUGUCGGGUAUCAAUGAAUUCCUUGACGACUCCAUUGUGUUGCCGCCCGGCGACUGGGAGCGUCAAGCACUUCUACCCAUCGAGGAACUGCGGGCCAAAAGCGAAAUGAUUCGGCGACGCAAGCGUGAUGCAAUAGAAAAGAAGGCACGUAAAGAGAAAGCUGCUGUGGCUGAGACAACACCCUCCGAUGAGAAGAAGGCGUUGCUUGAAGCGGAGAAGGGGUCCCCACCACCUAAGGAACCUGAUGACCCGCUGUCAAGAACUGGCCGCCUAUUUGGAGGCGUCAUCCGUGACAUCAAGAGGCGUUACCCAUUCUACAUGUCGGACUUCACCGACGCCCUGAACGGGCAGUGCGCAGCUGCGACUAUCUUCAUGUACUUCGCCGCUCUCUCGUCUGCUAUCACCUUCGGCGGUCUUCUGGCAGAAAAGACACACGGACAAAUCGGGAUAUCUGAAACACUGGUGUUCACUUGUGCCGGUGGCAUUCUGUUCGCACUCCUCUCUGGGCAGCCGAUGAUGAUCACGGGGGCCACGGGACCGCUGCUGUUGCUGGACGACGCUCUGAGCGGCUUCUGCAGGUCCUACGGCUUCGACUUCCUCGCUGCCAGGAUGUACUGCGGCCUUUGGAUGAUCGUCAUCGCACUGGCAGUCGCAUCUGUUGAGGGCAGCGUUGCUGUCAAAAAAAUCACCAGAUUCACCGAAGACAUAUUCGCGUUCCUCAUCUCCCUGAUCUUCAUCGGGGAGCCGAUCACCAACAUCAUCAGCGUCUACCGCAACCAUCCGCUCGGCGUCGACUACUGCGCUUUCCAGAACCAAACCCACAACUCCACAAUGCCUGAUGUCAAUGGCACUGGAAUCUUGGACAACUCCACCGUCACAGUGACCCCACAGCUCCCCAUACUGCCAAAACCCAACACAGCCUUGUUCUGCACAAUAUUGACACUGUCCACCUUCAUCAUCGCCUACUACCUGAGGAUCUUCAGAAACGGAAAGUUCCUGGGUCGCAGUGCUCGCCGUGCUCUCGGAGACUUCGGUGUCCCCAUCGCGAUCGUCCUCAUGGUUGGAAUCUCUCGCCUCGUCCCCGUCUGGACAGAAACCCUGCGGGUCCCUGAAGGUCUCAGCCCCACAGCCGACCGGUCCUGGCUGGUCCCUGCCAACCCUGGCCUGGAGACCAUCCCCUUCUGGGCCAUGCUUGUGAUGGCGCUCCCUGCACUUAUGGUCUACAUCAUUGUCUUCAUGGAAACGCACAUCGCUGAGCUCAUCGUUGACAAGCCCGAGCGGCGCCUGAAGAAAGGCAGCGGUUUCCACAUGGACAUAGUGAUCAUGUCGCUGGUCAACGGAGUCUGCGGCAUGUUCGGAGCGCCCUGGCAGUGCGUGGCCACCGUCCGGUCCGUCAGCCACGUGUCAGCCUUGACGGUCAUGUCCACCACCCACGCGCCUGGUGACAAACCGCACAUCGUCGAGGUUAAAGAACAACGGCUAACCGGUCUUCUGGUCUCCAUCCUGUGCGGAGUGUCUGUGCUGGCCGCAAGCUGGCUGCGCCUGGUGCCCAUGGCCGUGCUCUUCGGCGUGUUCCUGUACAUGGGUAUCUCAGCCCUGGGCGGCAUCCAGUUCUGGGACAGAUGCAUCCUGCUCCUGAAACCUGUGAAGCAUCAUCCACAGGUUCCUUACGUGAGACGGGUCCCGACUCUGAAGAUGCACAUGUACACGCUGAUCCAGCUAGCUGGUAUCUGCGUGCUGUACACAGUGAAGUCCUCGCGCUUCUCGCUGGCGCUGCCGUUCUUCCUGGUGCUGAUGGUGCCUCUCCGGAUGGCGCUGGUGUAUCUGUUCACACCACUCCAGCUGAGAGCGUUGGAUGGCGCCCAGAAGGACAUUGACAAGGACGACGAGCCCGACUUCUACGAGGAGGCUCCUCUGCCCUAAGCAUCUCGUCAUGCCACUCCAUCAUCAUUUCAGCCAGUCACAGUCCACUGCUGGACAUUUCAAGCCACCCCAAGGAGCAGGAAACGGCACGAUCUCCCGCUUUGUCAUGUAGUCCCUGCCAGCUACAUUCUUGAUGUCCUCAGUCCACCGUAAAAUAAGCAUCUGUCCGUUAUUAAUUUUAGUGGUAUCUUCAACCCAGUGGACUGAACAUUCCAUUUUGUGACCUUCUGGGUGGGCCUGGAAAUAAGCAGUAUUCGUUAUUGCUCAAAUAAUAAGUAUAUAAAUGACCUAAGGAUAGUCGCGUUUACAGGGCUCAAACUGUUUACGGCUCUUUCUUGUUUAGGCUUGAUUACUAUCAAAUAUUGACAUUCAAACGAUUUAGUAAAGACUUAAGCUAGUCAAAUUACAUUGUAUAAAUAAUUAAUGUAGGUUAAGUAUUUAAGAUUGACAUUAAAGUAAUUUUAGAAACAAAUAUUAUACAUAAUCAUCGAAGCAGCUGUAGUUGAGUAUUAGAUUAGAGGAAAAAAAUGGUUGGUUUGUUUGUUUGUAUUUGCUUCGAAACUAUCGAAACGAUUGUAAAAUCCCUUCACUAUUAGAAUUCUACAUUAUCCCUUAUGAAAUUAAGCCUUAAGCUAAAGAAUAUGCACGGAUAGAAACAUUCAUUGAUAAGCCGAAGUUAACGCGGGCGAAGCCGCCGGCAAAAUCUAUAAUCGCACUAAUAUUAUAAAAAUGCUCUGGAUGUAAGUAUGUCUGUCCCGGACGGAUAGCGGAAAGCGACUUUGUUUAAUUACCUAUACCUACUAUUACUGUAUGUAGCUAAUGAUGAUAAACGUAGGCAGUUGAAGUUCAGUUCCCUGGGUCAGCUAAUGUAAAAGAUAAAAAAUAAUUUAAAAAAAAUAGAAAUAAUUCAAAAUUGUGCCAAAAUAAUGAAAAUAUUUGAUUGUCAUUAGAGAAAAACAAAUGGUACUAUGUGACAAUAAAAUUAAAGAAUCAUUGAUCUUUCAUUGUCACCAUUAAAGAGUAUUAUAACUACAUUUUGAUGGCGGACCAAGAUGUUAUUAUUACAUAAUUAUUAUUAAUAAUACUUAUUUAUUAUUCAUUCUUAGACAUAUCUAGGUGAUGUAAAAAUUGUUGCAAAUUAUUAUAUUGAAAUGUUAUAAUUUAUUUUAAUUUUAUUUAAUAUAACAAUCUGUGUAAAUUGUUAAAUAUUUUAGUUUAUUUACGGUUACGUUAUUUUUUUAUUCAAAUGCUUUGUUGUUAAUUUUUUUAAUGUUACAAUAUUAUUAAUUUAGUUUUAGAGCCAUAUGUAACCAUAAGUUAGGUAUGUUAAGUUAGAUUAAGCUCUUUUAGAAUUAUUAAUAAGAACUAUGAUUAUAUUCCGUAUUCUUGAUGUGGUAGAAAUAAAUGUAAAAAAAAAUUCAA